UGCACGAAAUAAUAAUAAUAAUAAUAAUAAUAAUAAUAAUAACUAUUUAUUAAUUGUCUCUGCAGUCCUCCGAUUAACGUCUUCGGCUGCCAUGCCGCCAGUGAUUAUGUUGCCGAAGCCAAUGCGAAAUCACUGACCGUUAAUUUUGAUUGGAAGCUAGAAAAAAAUGAGGAUUCCGCAAGGAAUGCCCUCCAUCCCCACAUCUAACAUAAGUUAAGUGUGGGAAGGUGGUGAAGAAAGCAUUGAACGAAAAUCUGCCCCAAUGGCCGUUAGUGAGCACUUGGUGCUUGAACUUAUUAGUCCUGAUUUUUCUUUUCUUGAACUUUCCAAGUGUGUUGCUUCUCCUCUUAUGACCAAUCUUGGACUAGCUGUAAGAACAUCCCAGCUAAAGGUGGGAUCUCCUAAGUUGCAGUUGCAGCAGGACCUUUUAUGGUGGUUUUGCAGUUAAGACAAUCGCACGGUAUGUGUUAAUAAUAGAGACUAAAAAGAAGUCCAACACUAAGAGGUGUAUGUUACUUUCAAAGCUAAGAAGUUGGGUUCUUUGUAUAAAUAAGACUAGUCAGUUCGAAACAAUUAUCAAAAACCGACUCCAACUCUAUUGUUCCAGUUCCUUCUCUACAUGCUCUAAUUUCUUGGCAGGGAAAGAUCCAUCUAGAAUUGCCACUGCCCUUUGCUUCUCUGAAAGUACAAAAUCAUAUUUGCUUGGUACCCAACUGCAUGCCUGUGUAAUCAAGCUGGGACAUACUAAUGAUGUUUUCUCACAGAAUAACUUGAUAAAGAUGUAUACAAAAUGCAGAUAUUUGGGUGAUGCAUUUAAGUUGUUUCAUGAUAUGGUGGAGAGAAACCUUGUUUCGUGGACUUUGAUGAUCUCUGGUUCGGUCCAAAAUGGUGAAUUUCAAGUUGGUUUGGAGGUUUAUUUAGACUUGAUAAGAAGUGGGUUACGACCAAAUGAGUUCACUCUUGGUAGUAUUUUAAAGAUAUGUGCUAGUGCAGGUUCAUAUGAGUUUGGUUCAAGUAUUCAUUGUUUUGCAUUGAAAAUUGGGAUUGAACUGAACUUAUAUGUGGGUAGUUCUAUUUUGAACAUGUAUGCUAAGUUGGAGGACAUUGGGUCUGCUAAAGCAGUGUUUGAGUCCAUGCCCAUUGUCGAUGUUGGUUGUUGGAAUGCUAUUAUUGGAGGGUAUGUGCAAUGCGGCUAUGGCAUUCAUGCAUGGAAAAUUGUUUCCUUAAUGCUGACUAGGUGUAUAAGUAUGGACCAAUUCACCUUUAUUAAUGCUCUUAAAGGGUGCUCCGUUACAGGAAAUUUGGAUUGUGGGAAACAGCUCCAUGGACUGGUCAUCCAAAGUGACAUGGAGCAUAGUACUUCAUUGAUGAAUUGUUUGAUGGAUAUGUACUUUAAAAAUGGCAUGAAAGACUCAGCUUUGAAAGUGUUUGAUAGGAUACAAAAUAAAGAUGUUAUAUCCUGGAACACUACAUUUGCAUCCUUAUCUCAACAUGCAAAUGCAAGGAAACUUGCAGACUUGUUCCAUGAGUUCAGGUUAGAUACUGUGAAACCCAACGAUAUCACUUUUUCAAUCUUGUUCAGAUUAUGUGCAGAGCUAGUUGAUCUUGAACUUGGACUUCAGUUUUUCUGUCUAGCAUUACAAUUUGGGUUUCAUGAUGAAACUAAUAUUGCAAGCUCAUUAAUCAAUAUGUUUUCUAGAUGUAAUGCUAUGGGAUUGGCAUCCCUAAUCUUUGACAACAAUGCAGUACUUUUACAAAACAUAACUGCUUGGAAUGAGUUGAUUUCUGGAUACACUUUAAAUUAUUCUUACAUGGAAGCCCUAAAGGUUUUUGUUAAUUUAUGGGGUUUAGGAGUUGAAUUGAACGAAUAUACCUUCUCCAGUGUAUUGGAAGCUUGUUCUAAAUAUGAAAACCAGCAAAUAUUUAGACAAAUUCAUGGUGCUAUCAUCAAGUCUGGUUUCUCUUCUAGUGGAUAUUUAUUUAGUUUAUUGAUUAAUGGUUAUGUUAAAUUUGGGCUAUUAGAUGAUUGCUUUGAAUUUUUUGAUGGCCACGAGAAAUUAGAUUUGGUAUGUUGGAGUACUUUGAUAUCUGCAUUAACACAGCAGGGACAUACUUACGAGGCUUUUGGAUUUCUCAAAUCUCUAAAAGAAGCUGGUGAGAAGCCUGAUGAGUUCAUUUUUGGCAGCAUUUUGAAUUGUUGCGCCAGUAUUGCCGGUUAUCUUCUAACUAAAUCUAUCCAUUCCCUUGUCAUUAAAAUGGGAUUCAACAAUCAAGUUUUUGUUGCAAGCGGAGUUAUUGAUGCUUAUGCAAAAUGUGGGGACAUUGACAGCGCAAGGAUGGCUUAUAGUCAGUCAGAUAGAUUGAACGAUGUCAUUAUACACAAUUCUAUGAUCAUGGCUUUUGCUCAUCAUGGUUUUGUCAUGGAAGCUAUGGAAAUCUUUGAAACAAUGAAGUUGUCUAAUCUGCAUCCCAGCCAAGCCACAUUUGUGUCCACCAUAUCAGCAUGUAGUCACAUGGGACUAAUCAGUCAAGGCCUUGAUUUGUUUCAAUCAAUGGUCUCAGAUUACAAGAUGGAACCUUCUCCAGAUGUUUAUGGUUGCUUGGUUGAUAUGCUUUCUCGAAAUGGAUACCUUGACAAUGCUCAACAAAUAGUUGAAGUGAUGCCGUAUACUCCUUGGCCUGCGAUAUUGAGAUCCUUGCUUAGCGGCUGUAGGAUUUACGGGAAUAGAGAGCUCGGAGAAUGGACUGCAAAGAAGUUAAUUCAGUUGGAUCCAGAGGAUGAUGUACCUUUUGUACUACUGUCGAAGGUUUAUUCUGAAGUUGGCGGUUGGGAAGAUGCCAGAGAAGUGCAGAGAAGCAUGAUAGAGAGAGGCAUAGCGAAAAGCACAGGAUAUAGUUGGAUUGAGGUGGAGCAGAAGGUCAGCUGAAGUUGUUUCUUCUGCAUUAUAUAGAAGUGCUUUUCAGAUUUUGAUCCACAUCUCCUUUGGUGGGAAAGGAGUUCCAAUUCAUUCACAGGAAGCAUUUUGGCGAAUGUUAUCAAAUAUAAAGAAGGGGAAAUUACAGUAUCACCGCUCGUUUUGCCAGUUUUAUAGAAAUGGCUUUGUAUCUUUAAAAAUUAAUGGAAAACCGAUUCAUAUUUCACUUUUAUUACAAUGUCAUCCUUUUUGUAUGUAUAUAUAUAUAUAUAUAUAUUUUUUUU